GUGUGUGUGUAUGUGUGUGUGUUCUGCGCUCAUUCUUCCUCUCUCCAUGGCAAACUCCGGCUGCGUUCUUCUCUCCGGCUCGGGAAUGUUCCCUCACUUCCCCGCAGCUUUCCUCUACCUGCCUGAGGGUAACCAAGAGGCAACCAAUCCGGUGGACGCGAUGGCUCAGUCCUACACCCCGGCUCAGUUUCCCCCACCCCCACAGAACGGUAUUCCGGGCGAGUUUGCUGCACCCCACGCCCUUCCCACACAGGACUUCACAGGACAGAACCGGGUACCAGAACACACCCUGACCCUCUACACACCCACACAAACACACAGCGACCCAACAACCAACGACAGCAACACGCCAACCAUCACCACCAACACCAACAGUGCUCCGACAGAUGACGUGACGCAAACAGAAAGUUCCCAGCAGUUGACGCUGCAGUCCUCGGACUCUCCAGAGAAACAGCAACCUAAACGCCUCCACGUCUCCAACAUCCCCUUCCGCUUCCGUGACCCAGACCUCAGACAGAUGUUCGGGCAAUUUGGGAAGAUUUUAGAUGUGGAGAUCAUUUUUAAUGAAAGGGGAUCUAAGGGCUUUGGGUUUGUAACUUUUGAAACGAGCACAGAUGCAGAUCGAGCGCGGGAGAAACUAAACGGUACUAUCGUAGAGGGACGCAAGAUUGAGGUGAAUAACGCCACAGCGAGAGUGAUGACAAACAAAAAGGCAGCUAACCCAUACACAAACGGCUGGAAGCUGAAUCCCGUGGUGGGAGCCGUUUACGCCCCUGAACUCUACGCAGUAACAGGUUUUCCCUAUCCCCCAGCUGGAGCUGCAGUAGCGUAUAGAGGCGCUCAGCUCAGAGGGAGAGGACGAGCUGUUUACAACACCUUCCGCACAGCAGCGCCACCACCACCCAUACCAGCCUACGGAGCAGUGGUCUAUCAGGAUGGUUUCUACGGCGCUGAGAUCUACGGGGGCUAUGCAGCAUACAGAUAUGCCCAGCCUGCCACGGCUACUGCAUACAGCGACAGCUAUGGGAGAGUCUAUGCAACAGCAGAUCCCUACCACCACACGAUCGGCCCUGCCACCACAUACAGCGUGGGCACCAUGGCUAGCCUCUACCGUGGAGCUUACAAUCGCUUCACCCCCUACUAAAGCAGAGACUUUACCCAGCAAACAAACCGACGACACUAAACUAAAGCAAGCAAAACCCGCUCCCGCCCGAGCGCCACGUCCAAACCAAGUGCUUCCGGGUCACCAUGGCAAUCCCAGCUAACACCGCUACCACACCACAUCCC